UUUUGUUUUUUCUUAUUUAUUAAAAAUUUCUUUUAAACUUCAAAUCUAUCUAUUUAUUUUAUUUUAUUUUUAAUUAAUAUGAAUCUAGGAAGAGAAACCCACGGAUCUAAAGACAAUUUCAUUGUAUUUGGUACAGCAUUCCCAGAACAGACAGAAAAAGAUAGACGUGCAGGACGUUCUGAUGCUGGACAGUUCGUGCCUGUUUGGAAACAAGAAGCCAGAGAUGAGCAUGGUCGACGACGAUUUCAUGGUGCAUUUACUGGCGGUUUCUCUGCAGGUUAUUUUAACACUGUAGGAUCUAAAGAAGGUUGGGAACCAACAAAUUAUGUUUCUUCACGAAAUGCUAGAAAUGAAAGAAAACAAGCUAAACCUGAAGAUUUUAUGGAUGAAGAAGAUUUACAAGAUAUGGCCAAUGCACGCAAAUUAGUAACUACUGAAAAGUUUGAUAUAUUGGGAGGCACAGAACGCGAACUGGCGGCACGUAGACAGCACCAGAAGGAAGAGGAGGAAAGAGGAGGUGCAUUAAAUUUCUUAGAAACCAGCUUAAUGAACAUGUUUGGCCCCCCUCGAGACUCCAUUGGUAUCCGUUUAUUAAGAAAAAUGGGUUGGCGUCCUGGGCAAGGAAUUGGUCCACGAGUUUAUAGAAAGAAAUUAGAUGACGAGGAUGAUGAUGUAAUAGAUACAGAUAUCACAUUUGCACCUCGAGAUACACCUAUUGAGAAUUUUCAGCCUAAACGAGACACGUAUGGUUUAGGUUAUGAUUUAUCGUUAUCCGCACCUGAAAUAGCAGAAAUGAAACGACUACGCGAACUAGCACAGCAAAGAGAUAAAGAUAAUUCUAGUAUGGAUAAGAAGAAAAGGUCAGCGUUUGGAGUCCUUGAUCCAUCUAAUGAAGAUGAAUCACGGGGUGCGUUUGGAUUAGGUGUUUUUGAUAAUGAGUACGAUGAUGAUAUUUACUAUGGACAAGGAUCUUCAUUUAAGAAUUAUCAUACUUCACUAUACGAUGAUGAAGAAGAUGAAUAUACAUUAGAUAUGUUGAAAGCAAAGCAACGACAACAACAAAAACAGGAUGAAGAAGAGAGACGCAGAAGGAAAGAUCCGUCAUUACCUAAAUGUUCAGAUGGGAGACCGCCUUUAUUAGGAUUUCAUGUAUCAUUAUCCAGUCAAAAUCAGCAUUUAGGUAAAUGGUAUCCACCACCGAAGGUACCUGCUGACUUUACUGGUAUACAUAGAACACAAAGUGCAACAGUAGAGAGUUCAACACCAACCAAAAAGCUCACAGCAGCAGCAGAAGGUUUAUUUUCUUUUGAAGAAAGAGGCCUUGCACUAGGCGAGAAACCAAUUGAACAACGGUCUGUAUUUGAUUAUAUGCCACAACAUUCAAAGGAUAAAUUAGACAAAGCUCUCCAUUUUAUUGUCGAACAACGAAAAGAUAAAUCGCAACUUUCUGAUUUCCCUACUGUUUCAAAGCAAGUAGCUAAUUUAGCAUUACGUGGUUUUAUACCCUUUGGUGAUAACCCUAAAAAGCAAGCACGUUAUAAACAUUACUUAGAGAAUCAAGCAGGCUUGCAUUCAGAGGAUGGUAUUCCAAAGACUGUUUUACCUAUACCUGAGGGUUUAACAUAUGAGGCAGGGAUGAAGGAAUUAGACGAAUUUGCAAAGGCUGCACGCAUUUUUAGACCUAUUAGUUCUAUGAUGAGUGGACGAUUUACAACUGCUUCUGAUACGACAAAACAUGAAGUGAUUCAUUUUGAAGGUGGACUGAAGACAGAGGAGGAAUAUAGGAAAGAAAAAGAAGAAAAAGAAAAAGCAAUUCCAGAACCUAAAAAACAGUUAAGUCAAGAAGCAGAAGCAGCAGCUAUGAAUAUGUUCGGUAAUUUAACACGUACUAUCAAGCCCUUUUACCCAAAUCGACUCGUUUGUAAACGAUUCAAUAUACGUAAUCCACAUCCUGAUCAUGAGUUUAUGGCAGAUAAUGCAGCAGGACGUACUCAAGCAGGAUCAAAAGAUGCACUAAGUAAGGAGUCCAUGGAGACAUUAUUAAAUGAACGUGUACCCUUGAAAUUUUCUACUGCUACUACUAUAGAAAAUUUGAACACUCCUAAAGAUAAUCUCAUGAUGAAAGCAGUGAUACCUAAACCAUCCGAAAGACAAUCAGAUACAGAAGUAAAAGCACCCACAACAGGUAUUGCUACAACCCUUGAAAAAAACAGUGAAGAGGAUGAGGGACCACCUCUAGAUUAUGAAAGACCUUCUAUGGAUAUUUUUAAGGCUAUUUUUGAUAAUUCAGAUACAGAGGAAGAAGAAGAAGAACAAGCUAAAGAAGAUACUGUGCUUGAAACAACACAUCUAACAAAUGAAGCAGCUUCAGCGAACGUUAUGGAGGAAGAUGAUUUUAUUGGCCCACCACCACCACCCAAGGCACCUACAGUUGAUAUACCCAUUACAUCUAAAUCACCCACACCUACUGCAGUAGAACCCUUUCGACCUAUGUUUAGAAGAGCAUCAGAAAGAAAUGAACAACAAACAGAUACAGUUAUUCCAACUAUCGUGUCUGAAGAAGUACUUGUUCAACCCUUCAAGCCUCGAUCAAGUGGACAUAGACGUCGUCGUAUAUCUGUUUCUGAUAGUGAAAAUGAAAUAGAGGAAAAACGAAGAAAGAGAAGAGAUGAAGAAGAUAGAACGUCAAGAAGACAUAGUCGACAUCAUAAAAGUAGCCAUGAAAAGCAUAAAAGGAAGAGAAGUGAAGAGAAAAGUAAAAGUCCUGAAAGAAAUAGUAGUAGUAGUAGACAUAAGCACAGGAGUAGUAAAAAAAGCCACAGCAGUAGCACUAACAGAUCGUCUUCGCAUCGUCAUAAAAGCCAUAAAGAAGAUAUUAUUCUAAGUGAAGGUAUAUGGGUUGAAAAAGAGCCUAUUAUAACAGAACAAGAAAAUAAUAAACAACAAAAGAGUAGUACUAAAAGUCGAAUGAGGGCUGCAGAUAUGUGGUAGCAAAUAAUUCAUUUAUUGAAAUAAAACUAAUAAAAGGGGAAAUUAUUGCUC